AUGGAUGGGUACAAAGAAGAGCUGCCCCGCUUGCAAGAGCCGGAGGACGAGGAUUGUUACAUCCUUAGUGUUCAGUCAAGCAGUGAUGACACCAAUGGGUCUUCUGUGGCCAGAACAGCUCCAAGGAGACGGGUCAGUUGCAUCCUUAAUGUCCGGUCAAGGAGUGGUGACACCAAUGGGUCUUCUGUGGCCAGAACAGCUCCAAGGAGACGGGUCAGCUGUGGCCAGAACAGCUCCAAGGAGACGGGUCAGGUUGCUUAUGGUGCCGGUAGCCCUCCUUUGAUAAAGUAUCUCUUUUAUUUUUGCAGUUGCAUCCUUAAUGUCCGGUCAAGGAGUGGUGACACCAAUGGGUCUUCUGUGGCCAGAACAGCUCUGAAGAGACAGGCGAGCUCCGUGGUAGUGAUUGACUCUGAUUCUGAUGAGGAAUUUCACACCUAUGAGGAGAAGAAAGCUAAGUUAUUGGAAAUAAACAGCAGCGAUGAGAGUCCAGAGUGUUGUCAUGUGAAGCCUGCCAUGCAGGAACCUCCAAUAGUUAUUAGUGAUGAUGACAAUGACGACAACAACGGUAAUGAUGUGGAAGUUCUCUACGACAACAGUGAUGAUUCGGAUGUUCCCGACGACAACAGUGAUGAUUCGGAUGUUCCUGACGACAGCAGUGAUGAUUCGGAUGUUCCUGACGACAGCAGUGAUGAUUCGGAUGUUUCCGACGACAGCAGUGAUGAUUCGGAUGUUUCCGAGGACAGCAGUGAUGAUUCGGAUGUUUCCGACGACAGCAGUGAUGAUUCGGAUGUUUCCGAGGACAGCAGUGAUGAUUCGGAUGUUUCCGACGACAGCAGUGAUGAUUCGGAUGUUUCCGACGACAGCAGUGAUGAUUCGGAUGUUUCCGACGACAGCAGUGAUGAUUCGGAUGUUCCCAACGACAAGAGUGAUGAUUUGGAAGCUCCCGACGACGACAGUGAUGAUUUGGAAGUUCCCGACAACAAUAGUAAUGAUUUGGAAGUUCCUGUGCCAGCAGAAGAUUUGUGUAAUGAAGGCCAAAUUGCCUCAGAUGAAGAAGAGCUGGAUGAGGCUGCUGCUGCUGUCUCCCAGCACCAUUCAUCUGAUGAUGCUGGUGAGCAGGAUCUUGGUGAGAAUCUCAGCGAACCACCAAGUGAUCCUGAGGCUAACCUUGAAGUUUCAGAGAGAAAGCUGACAACUGAGGAAGAGCCUGCACCUGUGGUGGAACAAUCAGGGAAAAGGAAGUCAAAACCCAAAACUAUUGUGGAGCCACUGAGGAAAAGGCAAACAAAGACCGAAAAUAUAGUGGAGCCUCUGAGGAAGAGGAAGGGAAGAACCAAAAAUGUAUCUGUGACACCUGGACAUAAGAAGUGUGGGCCUUCAAAGAAGAAACCCGGUGCGGCAAAAGUUGGAAAACGCAAGACUAGGACUCCUAAGUGCAAAGUCCCUGGAUGUUUCUUGCAUGACCUUGAAAAGUCAAAGAAAUACUCUGGAAAAAAUUUAAAGCGAAAUAAGAAUGAGUUGGUUCGGAGAAUCUACGACCUGUUUAACAGAUCCGUCUGUGAUAAAAAGCUGCCAGAGAAACUACGGAUAGGCUGGAAUAACAAGAUGGUGAAAACUGCUGGCUUAUGCAGCACUGGUGAGAUGUGGUACCCAAAGAGGCGGCGCUUUGCCAAGAUCCAGAUUGGCUUGAAAGUCUGCAACUCUGCAGACCGAAUCCGGGAUACCUUGAUCCAUGAACUGUGCCAUGCUGCUUCCUGGCUGAUUGAUGGUAUCCGUGAUUCUCAUGGUGACACAUGGAAGUAUUAUGCCAGGAAAUCCAACAAGAUACACCCGGAGCUGCCCAGGGUCACCCGUUGCCAUAACUAUAAGAUUAACUACAAGGUCCAUUAUGAAUGUACUGGGUGCAAAACAAGGAUUGGCCGCUACACCAAAUCAUUGGACACCAGCCGCUUCAUCUGUGCCAAAUGCAAGGGGUCUCUGGUCAUGGUGCCAUUAACUCGGAAAGAUGGGACCCGUAUUGUGCCCCACGUGUGACCAUUUGCUGUGUUUGUGCAGAAGUAUUAUAGAAAAAUUAUGCAGGAGAUGGCUAGGAUUAGCCUUGGGGAUGUGAUGAAAACACUUGGCAGGAAUUACAAGGCAAUGAAAAAUUCUUAAGGUUAUCUGAGAGUAUAUUCAUGUGAGCUAUAUCCUUUACUGGUAAGAAGUUUUAGAAAAGUUUGUUUUGUGAAAUUAGGAAUAUUAGAAUUUAGGUACUGUUAAGUAAGUAAUAUUAGAAUUUAAGGUUCAUGUUAUUAAUGAUGAUUGACCUUAACCAGGGACUCUAUUGCUAACCAUUCUGUGCCCUUGACAGGGUAUUUCUGAAGCCCUUGGGAUCUACCUUGGGUUUUACUUGAGUUCCAUAUUUUUCACAUGUAGGACAAAAUGCAAAAGAAAAGUGAGUUUUCAAGAGUGGCAGGUUGAGAGAAAGAGGAGAAUGCUGGAAAGAGGACAAGUUUGAGAGGCAACACUUAAACACCAGGGCUACUGUGACAUCUAUGUAGACAGGAAAGACAAAUGUGUUUCAUAAAAUUCGUUGCUGAUGGUAUUGAUUGAAACUAUCUGAGCCAUGUAAUCAAAAAAUAAAAGUUUUCUGCAUCUCG